GCUUUGAUGAUCUAUCACAUAAUGAGCUUAAGCUAACAUAAAUCAGCAAUCGAUCGCGGAAAUUACAGUCCAUUGCAAAAUAAUGCUUCAAAAUGAGAUUUUAGUAAACAAAAUCUACGAUUUUUUUAGUUUCUGACCUCGGUUGCGAAGGCGGGAUCAUAAACAUUGAAUCCCCCAUAGAUAUCGUCAUCUUCUUCCUCGCCAACUAAGUGCACUGAAUUCAGCAUAUUCCCAGGAACCUGUAUACUUCGAAAUAUGUCAAUAAAGGCGACAAUAACAGGCCUCUUUGUCGUACUUUUUCUUAUUCAAAUAUUUCAAGCAGUUGCCAUAAACAAUUUUCACCGUACCCAGGUUACAUUGCGGUAUGACAUCAAUCCCAUGCUGCAGCGCGGUUAAGGAGGCAAAUUCAAAAUGGCGGCUGUCAGGGAAGAAAGUUGUUUGCAAUGGCUCAAGACGAAAUACAACGUUAACGUACGGCAGGAGUGGUUGGAGGCUUGCAUUGAAUUUCUGAGACAAGAGCACGGGGGAAGAUUUAAUUCUCAGUCUCAUCUAAACGACUUGGUGUAUGAGCAGUUAUUAAUGGCUGACUUUCAAGAAAUGAGUCUUGGCUCUUUACCAAAUGUAUCAGGACAGCUAAUGGUUACCCUUCAAGGGAAGCACACUCUACAGAUGAAUUCUAUCUUAGAUGUUGGUCAGUCAGCUUAUUCUCAGAUACAGAAAAUGAAGGGAAAAGAUGAUCCUGAGACAUUGAGAGAAAACAGUGCAAACAAAGACACUUGGGAGAAGAAAGUGAAGCCAAGCAGAAUGCUGUACCUCCAGUUAAAUGAUGGAUCACAGAGUAUACAAGCCAUGGAAUACCAACUGAUUCCUUCUUUAAGGCUUGAUAUACCUCCAGGCACAAAGGUUCAGAUACAAGGCCCUGUUGACUGUAGACUUGGGGUUCUGCUCCUGACGGCCAAAAAUAUCCACAUUCUAGGAGGAACCAUUGAUGAGCUGGUUGAAACUAACUGUUUGUGGAACAUGUUGCACAAUGCAAUCGGCAAAGAGCCACCUCCACAGCCUGCUGGUGUUAAAGUACAAGAAGCUUUAUCACACCAAGAACCUGCUACAGCAUCCAAUAACUAUGAAUCCAAUGAACCAAUAAAUAAUGUACAGAAUACAAGGAAUUCAGUUCAAACAGAUAACUACAAUAAAAUAACAAGUAGAAAGAAUACAAGACCAUCAAAUAAUCAUGGUAAUUUUACAAGCAAGCAGCCACAGUCAAGUAUUCAACUAAAAAUGGAAAAUGAAGACUUUGAGCAGUUUGAAGUAGAAAAUGAUUAUUUUGAUGAUGUUGGUGAUGAGAAUUUUGAUUUUGAUCAGCUGGAUCAAAUGGAGCAAGAUGUCGCUUUAUCGGAGCCUGAUGACUUUGAAGAAAAAGAGGCUCAUGACGUGGAGCAGUUUGAUGAUGGAAUGUUUGGUGAUGCUGAUGAAUUGAUGGAUGAUGACCUUGAAGACUUUGACCUUGACACCUCCAAAAGCACUCAAAAUCUAAAAACUCCUACUGCAGUAUCUAAUAAGAGUAAUAUACAAUCUAAGAUUGAUAUAAAAAGACCAAAUAUACAUUUAUCCAGUGGAACUAACUCCAACAGUGCAAAACAAGUCAAGUCUCAACCAAACCACGAACAAAAAAGCUUUUCUAUUAUGAUGGGUUCCAGUGCAAUCAAUAUUAAUAUAAAUGCAGCAGGAAAUACACUGCCACAUCAAGCGGAACUGAAUAAACUUCAACGAAGAACAAUGUCAUUGAGAUCACAGCUUGGAACAGCAGUUGAUGAGCAAGUUUCAGCAGCACUAGCUGCAGCGGACGCUGCUGUGGCUUCCGCUACUAAUAGCAUUAAUAAUACUUUGAUAAAUAUUAAUUUUGAUAAGCCAUCUGUUAAAACUGGUAAAAAUAGAGCUACAGUAAUAACUAAACCAGCUAACAAACAUAAAUCAGCUAGUAUACUCUCACAUCUUGUGCCUCGAACAAAGGAAGCUGAAGAAAAUAUCACACAGCAUAAAAAGAUCAAAAUUGAAACAAAUACUGGUGCAAGCUAUCUUGACCAGGAACCAUCAAGACCAUACCAGUACUUAUCUACAGUGAUUAGGAAUCUACCUGGUAAAGAGGACAAAACUAUUAGAAUUAAGGGUUAUAUAUCUACAUUGAUAUCGCAUUCUCAAGUAUCUGAUCUUAACCAGCAAUGGAGGGUGACUGUUAAAAUCAACGAUGGAACAGCAAGUAUUGAUGCUGAUUUAGGUGAACAGGUUUUGACAGAGCUCCUUGAUUGCCCUCUUGCAUUGUUUCAGAGGCAAAUGGUAGAAGCAAAAAAAAGUCGUGAUCCUUUAAAAUGUAGAGCAUUACAACAGAAAACUGUAUUAUUUCAGCAAAAGCUGAGCAUGAUUUCAUGCCUCAUGGAUUUGCAUUUCUCCAUGUCACAGCCAAGACCAGUUGUCACAGGUCUUUUUGAAGCUAAUGACAAGGACAUCCAAAGUCUUUUACAAAGUUUUAAAUGAAGUUUAUUGCAAGCAUUAUUUUUCAAUAUCAAACCUUUAUGAAAGCUUAUUGAAUAUUUUGGGAUAAUUUUUAAAUAUUGUGAAUAUAUAAGAGUUGAUUAUAAAAAGGGAAAAAAUAGUGAAAAAAAUGUG